AUGAAUGGUAAAGGAGUGAUUCUGAGCUAUGACUGCUCUCUUAUGGGUUCCAUCAAUGUCAUGACGGAGUACCAAAACUACUACAACCUAGGGAGCACAGGAUCAGCAAGCACGGGAAUUGUCCUUUCAAUCUUUCAACUUGGCCAGAUGGUCGGAGCUCUAUUUGCUUGGGUGAAUGACUGGAGAGGAAGGAAAGUCAUGAUCUUGUUCGGUUGCACUGCAGUGGUCGCAUUUUCAAUUUUCACAGCGACCGCACCGACACUGGGUAGUUUUAUAGGAGUUCGAUUCCUGCUGAGUUUCUUCUCAACUUUGGCCAGUGUUGCGGCUCCAGUACUACUUGUCGAGCUUGCGCCACCACUUCUUCGCGGCUCCGUUGCUGGAGGAUACAACACGCUAUACUACAUGGGAAGCAUUGUUGCUACUUUUGGCAACAUAUCCUGUCUUCUGAUAAUAAUCACAAUAUUGCUAGCGAUUUACGGUUGUAAUCUUCACCUCCAUCGAAAUAUCAAUUGGCAUUUGCCUUUAUGGUUACAGACCGUGUGCCCUAGUAUCGUUGUGCUCUUUGGUUACUGGAUGCCUGAGAGUCCGAGAUGGUUGAUCGCUAAAGGACGCCGCGAGGAAGCGCGCAGAUUCCUCAUAAAACAUCAUACCAACGGAGACGAAAACCGCCCUAUUGUUGCACUUGAGAUGGCCGAAAUUGAGGAGUCACUGAGUCACGGUGGUAUACGCUCAGCACGCGACUAUUUCAAUAUCAAAGCAUUAUUCAGUACCCGUGCUAGGCGUUAUCGUAUCAUGCUUGUUGUAGCUUGGUCUUGGUUUGGGCAAUUCUCUGGGAACAACUACCUUCCGACGGUGAUCACAGCCGUCGGUAUAACAUCAGUCAGCACGUUACAGCUUUUGAACGGAAUUUAUGCAGUUACAGGAUGGAUAGCUGCUAGUAUUGGAGCCCGAUGCCAUGACGUGGUUGGGAGGCGCAAGAUGUUUACGGGCUCCUGCGCCAGCAUGGGUGUAUGUCUUGCCAUCAUUACAGGAGUGAUGGCCAAAUAUCAGCAUGACAACAGUGACACAAAUGCAAGUUCUGCGAUGAUUGCUUUUAUUUUCAUCUUUGGGGUUGUGUUUGAUGUCGUACGUGUUGGUCCUCCUGCUCAUACUGUCAUGCCACUGAUUUCCAAAAACACAAUAUGCGUGCAAAUGGUACGAUGGUGUCCCAGAUCACUUCUGGCUGCGCAGGAUUUGUCAACACAUUUGCUGCCCCCUGGCCGUGCAGAACAUAUAAUAUUGGUUGAGAGUAAAAUCGCUUUCCCCGAAAUUCACAUAAUCUACGCGUUCUUUGUAUUGUGGGAUUGCUUCGAGUUUGUAUUUGUGUACGUCGUCUUUAUGGAAACGAAAGGAAGGACUUUAGAGCUCGAGGUCGUAUUCGAAUCUAACAGCCCACGCGAGGCCAGUACUCGGAAAAUGGUUCCAAACGAUGCGGCUGUAUUGGAGUAG